AUGUGUUAUGUGAAUCUUAAAGAGUUGUGGUAUUUAGUGGGUGGAGGUUCUGUGUUAGAAGGAAGGUUGGAACUGUUAUCUGAUGACAAAGGUGCAUGUCAUCUGGUCAACAUUGGCAUACUGAAUGGUCAAGUUCACUUGUAUGUUGUACAUAUGUUGGCAGACCCUCAGGUAAUUAAUAUGUUGGAAUAUUUUUUAGGUGAAGGUGAUUGUAAUGAUGGUGAACAAUUCCAUGUGGACAGUGAACCCGAAGUUGGUGUGGAUAGUGGUAAUUAUAAUGUACAAGUAAAUGUAGAUGCCGAAUAUGAGGUUGUUAUUGAAAGAAUGGGCCACGAUGAAGGUGAGGAUGAGGUUGUUGUGGAGUUUGAGGGUGAGGGUGAGGGUGAGGGUGAGGGUGAUGUUGGUGUGGAGAAGGAGGGGGAGGGUGAGGGUGAGGAUGAUGUUAUGGAGGUGGAGGCACAAGAUGAUGUUGCUGAUUUUGAGAAGGGUGAGGAUGAUGUUGGUGUGGAGGGGGAAGGUGAGGGACAUAAUGAUAUUGAUGUGGAAGGUGAGGGUGAAGGACAUGAUGAAGGACAUGAUGAGUCUGAUGUUAGUACUUGA